CUGUGAUGCACUCAGUGUUGCGUAGAAGAAAUGUUUAUCGUUUCCGCUGGUUGUGAAAGUAUCUUGCUAAAAUGAUAGACAUAGCGAAGAAUUCUGUAGAUUGGAAAAAUAUUUCGACUGCUUCUUUGGCAUGGUCAUCGAAGAUAAAGAUUUUAGGAGGACUCUAUAUUGCAACAUCAAUUUUAAGUAUAAUUGGAUCAGCAUCAAUAGUUAUUGCAGUAAUCGUAAAAAAGAAAGUGCUCAAUGCUGAGGUGCGACCAAUCUUUCAUCUUUCACUGGCUGAUUUUGUGGCUUCUUUGAGUUUGUGUAUUGGUGGAGCUACCUACUUACAAUUUGGAUUCAAUUCCACCACAAGACAGCUUUGCUCAUAUGUUACAGCAAUUUCAAGUUGUUUUUACAUGAAUACUUUUGUUUUCACUGCACUGUAUGGGUAUGAGGUAUAUUCAAAGCUGACAGCCAAGUUAAACAGGAGACCGUUCCCGAGAAUUAUUGAAGAGACAUUUUCAAGAAUUUAUUGUGUGUAUGUUUUUGCUUGGGUUGCUCCUUUGACAGUGACGUUGUGUUUAUUUGCUAUCGACAGUGGAGAGAAUGGUAAAGGAUCUCUAAAUGAUGAUAUAUGUGGCACGUGUCUACCAGUGUUUCACUACAGAGUUUCAAAUUGUAGUGCAUCAACACCCGAUUCURAUAAAGAGCCAAAUUGGAAUCUUAUUUUUCAAUUUCUAUUUCUUGGUGUUUUACUUAUCUCAUUUGCAAUGAUUGUGGUAAGUGUUGAAGCCUGUAAGUUAGUAAGGAAAACGGUGGGAAACGGGGAGGAAAGUUUACUUUAAAUAAAAAGCAAAUGGCCAUAUAAGUGGGAAAGUGAUUCUGCCAUUCAUGGCUUCACGUCCUGUAGUACAAUACGUUUUGUACGGACGGAACCAGGAAUAUUUAAAUUGGAAUGGGGGACUGAGGGGACAUAUGUAAUAUAUAGAUUCUGCGUCCGUUGAGAGAUGACACGACACCG